CUGUGCAUGCCUAGGUCUCACUGGGGAUUGCACGGAGAUAUUUGCCAUGAUAAAGGUAGCGCGAAUCUCAAAUCAGUGGAGCGGGGAACCCGUGAGUGGAGUGCGGUGGAGCGGGUGAACCCCGGAGGGAGGGAGGGAGGAAGGAAACCGACAGCAACAGCUAUUCCACAACGCCAUGGCGUCCCGGACAAACCGCUCCAACUGCGCGCCGUCCCGAGACUCGAGAGAGACGCCUCCCUCAACUGCAGUGAUUUGGUUUUGAUUGCCCAAUUAAGCGCGGCGAGAGAGAAAAACACGGAGAGGAGGUUAGAAAAAGGAGGCGCCUUUACGGGAAAAGGCCUCACCUUUCUCUUGAAUCUUGCCGCGUCUGCUUUCCCGCCCCGCCCCCCCCCCCCCCCCCCACCCCUGCAACUUUGGAAGCAGAGGGAGGGAGGGAGAAUCGCAUCCCAGUCUCUGUCGCAGUGUGCUUCGUGGUGUUCUUGGCGGAGGAGCAGAGGGCCUCACCUCACCUAGGCGUAAUCCGCCUCCGUCCGUGGAGAUGGAGGCGGCCGACCUCUUGGAGUAUGAACUGCAGAAAGAGGUCUCCGACAUCGUGAUCCAGAACUACAUUAGCGGUUUGCAUCGGGAGUUUGAGAUGAAGUUAUGGGAGCAUCGGAACGCUUAUAGCAGAUUUAACAAGAACUGGAAGGAUAAGGUUUCUGAGAUUGCAGUGCUGCAAGAUGAACUUAACAGUAUUUUGAGUGUUGUAGCGGGUUCAGAAUCCGGUGUGCAUCCUACUUCCCACAGUAGUCUGGAAAAGCCAGAAAACCAUAACGUUCUGAAGAUGAAAGAUUACAAUGAACCUCCUGUAAUGGAGAAAGCUACCGAGUCAGGUGAGGCCAUGCUUGAGAUCCCAGAUUUUUCCCUCUUGAAGCACAUGCAAAGCGAAGAAAUCACGAAUUUUCUCAAGACGGAAUGGCUAAGAUUGCGAAGACAGCACGAGUCCGAACUGCACGAGAAGACAGAAGAGCUGUUCAGAGUAAAAAGGGAAUUUGCGAAAGAUAAAGCUUUGUUGCCUUUUAGAAAAGAAAGAGAGCUUGAAUUCAUCAAAUUAAAGUUGCUUCAUACUAUUUCCAAACUGGAUGAGAUAGCCUUGAGGAAAGAGAACUCUUAUUUUGACCAUAAUGAGAAUGACGAGAUGUGCAGGUUGAAGGACAGGAUUGGUUCUUUACUUCAUGAAAAUGAGCGUCUCUGUGGUUUGCUGGCUGAUAAAAGAGAGGAGGUUAAGCACCUCUCUUCUCAAGUAUUGGAUGCAAAGAGCCAAAUAGCUCAGCACUCACCGUCAGAGGCAAAACUCUUGAAUCUUGUCGAGAAGCUUAGAGAUGAACUUGAAGAUUUAAAGAUUGAGAGACACUUGAACAAUUUAUUGGAUUGGUCUAUAUUCAGGGAAGUGUUUGCUAAUUACGAAAAUCAAAUUUGUGAUAUGAAACAGGAAGAGUACUUCCUCAAAGAGUUGCUUAUAGAAAAAGAAGACCAGCUAAGUAUUAUAUAUGAAGAUAGACAGAAGCUCAAGUAUGAAAAUAACCAACUUGUAUCAAUUGCGGGAUCAACAUUAAUGCAACACCAUGAGCAAGUCAAUUUGGUUAACGAUGAGCUUUUGAUGUUUAGGGAGAAAGUGUGUGAGCAAGAACUACUGAUAUUAGAGUCAAAGAGUGAGUCUAAUUCAAUGAAAAGAUGUUUGUAUGAGGCUUUGCAGCAAAUCCAUGUAUGCAAGCAAGAAAUACACGGGCUGACUGAAAACUUAACUUCUAUGUCUAUUGCUUUGGAGGAAGCCAAAGAGCAGAAUGCCUCACUUGACGCCACUAUUCGGAAAAUGAAGAAAACACCAGCCCGAUGCAUUGACAGUCAGAGGGGACAAACAGGACGCCUAGACUUUGACCUUGCUAGUAUGGAGAAGUUGUCGAAAGCAUAUAGCGAUUUUGAAAGCAUAUUAUCUGAAACUAUGAAAAGACAUGAAACAAGGUUAACUAGUAUAAUUUGUCAAUUUAACCCACUGGUGGAGCAAGUUGCUGUCUUAAAGAGAGAAGAAUUCUGGUAUAAGCAAAUACUCGAGAUUAAAUGUUCGAAUCUUCGGAAAGCAGAAGCCGAGGUUGAUAUACUUGGCGAUGAGGUUGACACCCUUCUAAGUGUUCUGGGAAAAAUCUAUAUAGCACUUGAUCAUUAUUCUCCAGUUUUGAAGCAUUACCCUGGGGUCACAGAGAUUUUGAGGCUUGUGCAGAAUGUGUUGAAAGGAGAAAGCAUUUAGCACCAUGACACUCUGGGGGGAAGUCUUAACAAUUUCUUGUUCAUAUAAACGUCUGGACAAAAUCCUGACAAGAGUUUCAAAACUUCAGUACUUUGUGCUGCGGACAAACUUUUGUAUCGACUUACAGCAAAGAAGCUUGCUAACUUAGAGAGUUAGAUAGUAUGUGCAGUCAAAGUAGCCAUGACCGUUCAAUUGCUAGAGUGACCGGCGUCAUCUUUGCUAGCUUCAUUUCUAUUAGUGUGCAGUUAUAGUUAAGAUUGCAAAUUCAAAAGGUCUUUGUUUGACGGAACAAUUGUAUCAGUGUGCAGUAUCCAUGACUUGUCUUGGGUAGUGAA